AACUUCUUUAGAUUUCUCCGUCGUUAACUUGGGGUUUUCUUUCAAACUGCUCUGGCUUGACAGCGACUUUGGCCUUUGGAAAUAGCAGAAAUGAGUGGAAAAGACAAGAUGGACGACAAGACCGCGGCGACCGUAGCAAUGGAAACGGAAAACCUUGACCAUGCUGAAGGAACGUCCAAGGUCAAGUUUGUGUUUGGAAUGCUAAAAAAGUUGGUGGGUGUCAAGGAUUUGAGCAGCAUGCGCCUCUCCCUUCCGGCUUCUCUUAUGGAACCCGAGUCUAACCUCGAGUUCUGGAACUACAUGGACCGUCCUGACUACUUUGUUACAAUCCCAGAUGGUGAAGACCCUCUCGAGCGUAUGCUUCGUGUCAUUAGAUGGUGGUAUUCAAAAGACACGAAAUGGAAGGACCAGCGCAUUCGGAAACCGUACAAUUCGAUCCUGGGGGAGCGGUUCCUGUGCUGGUGGGAUGUACCCCUCAAUGAUGUCUCUCCUUCCGCCGAGCCACGGUCGAGUACAUCGACAGACCAGACAAACACCGACCAGGAGAGCGAGAAAACGCUUGUAGAUGAUACUCCGCUCAAAGUCACAUGUAUCACCGAGCAAAUUUCGCAUCACCCUCCCGUAUCCGCCUACUAUUAUGAAUGUAAGGAGAAGGGUAUUAUUGGACGUGGUGUAGAUCAUAUUUCUGCGAGAUUCACAGGAACAAACAUCAAAGUCGGUCCAGGUGCCCAAAACCACGGCAUCUACAUAACGCUCACCUCCCUUGACGACGAAGAAUACAACAUCCAACACCCAUGGGCAUCAGUCACAGGCUGGCUUUCUGGGUCUCCAUACGUCGUCGUGGGCGAGAGCGCCAUUAUCACCUGCCCAAAGACAGGCCUUAAAGCCGUAUUGGAGUAUAAGGAAGAGUCCAUGUUUGGCAAGGCCAAGUUCGCCAUUGAAGGAAAGAUUUUCAAGUAUGAUUACGAAGCCGACAAAUCAUAUACGGACAAGGAGCGCAAAGAAAAGGAAAAAUUGAGUAAAAUCAAGGACAAGGAUGUGGUGUGCCGACUUUACGGCCAAUGGAAUGGUCAAAUCUUUUGUGUGAAAACUACUCAAGACAGCGACGCAAAACCCCGUCUUCUUUUCGACAUGCACACGUCCACUCCCGCCAAAAAGCAAACACUCCCCCUGGAAGACCAACAUCCACUCGAGUCCCGCCGAAUAUGGGAACCAGUCACCUCAGCACUGUUAGCCAAGGACUUUACACUCGCCACGAAUGAGAAAAGAAGGAUAGAAGAUGCACAGAGAAAGCUGGCUGCUGAACGUGCUGCACGUGACGAAGACUUUGUGAGCGAGUACUUUGAGUUCAAAGGUGAUCGCGCUGGCAGGCCAGGCCCACCUGUCGAUAUGAAUAGAGCAAAACCAUUUUUAAAGGAAGGAAAGCAGUUUGUGUGUAAGUAGCGCUGCUGCUGGUAUACGUUACAUGUAUAUAGAUGAGACGAACGUAAACAAAAGUGCGCAAGUAGAUCCAUAGCUGGUCUCAAUGUUUAUAGCAAACAAGAUCUGUAAAGUAGAUUAGCUGUUGUAUGUGCUGUAAAAACCCAAAACAAGUGUAAAUUUCUGAUCCGUAACUGAAAUCUCAAGUCGGGCUUUGCCACAGGAUCCAAAGUAAUCAGAUUUGUU